AUGAAGAACAAGCACCUCCUCACGGAGGAUGCUGAGAAGGACCUGGAGUCUUUUGGAGAACUCCCAGAAGAGCUGCUGAAAUCGUGGAACUCAAAUCAGCAGAGGCAGGUCUCCGGAAGGCGGUAUGGACAGAAAAUGCGUAAAUUCGCAGCUGUACACUGGAGGUUCAUUGAGCAACUUCAGGAGCUCCAGCAGACAGACGGCAUCCGACUGGGCAACAAGCUCCGGAGAGCUCAUGUGGAGUACUACCGCCAAAUAAUGAAGGUUCGAUUAGCAGCGCAGACCUUCAGCUCGUCAGUCAGCCAGAGCAUUGACAUCGCUCGACGGCUGGACCUGAAAGACUUUAAAGGAAGCGAGGGCACUUCAGAGUUCAUUGAAGAUGUGAAUCAAGCAUUUGACCUACUGAACUCCCACAGCAAUACGUCUAAGGGGCCCAAGGCAUCACUUUGCAAGGACACUUUUGGAGAACAGCGGCAAAAGAUGCUGUCCCUUUCAUCCCGCUUGAUGUCCCUAAGGCUUCCAGCAGGAAGGCUUGUCGCCCAGGAUGGAAGACGGAUGUCCAUCAUCAGCCUUGCCUUCACCCUAAAGAGCGUUGCGGACUUAGCGAAGAGACUCUUUGAAGGAGACAAGUGCAGGUACAUCGGCACAUAUCGCCUGAGCCAGGACCACCUGGAGCUGUUUUUCAGCUGCGUCCGGCAACGAGGUGGCUGGAAUAACAACCCUUCAGCCGCCCAGUUCCGCUAUGCGUACCGCAGCUUGCUUGUUAAUGCUGACGUUCAAGUUCCAGCGACUGCUAAUGUCACCCCAGACAUGGAGGGAAUCUCCACCCUGCGGCAUCAGGGAACGACGAGGACGACGGAGGAGGAUGCGGAACCUGGAAGUUCUAAUCCCCUGGAAUUAGUUAUUCCAGACCAUGACUAUGGGGUACCUUAUGGCCUAUCAAAGUUCAGUGCCGAGGCAGUGAAGUUUAUCGGAGCAUCUGUGAUAAAAGUAGUGGCAAGACGAAUCACAUGCUCAAUGUGCUUGGACCUUUUGAUGCAAAAUGAUGCAACAAACGUGGUGAUCUAUCUUAAAGAAGACCUCAUUAUGCCAUCUACUUUUGUGAAUCACCUAGUCAAUUGUGCGGAGUUUGUAUUCCGACUAGAUGUCAAUGUUCCACAGAAGGUAAGCGUUCAGCAUCUCACUCUGAAGGCAUUUCAGUAUUUCACCGAUAAACAUGAGACGAGCCUUUUAGACAUGCCGCACUUCAGAAAUGACCCAGAGCAUGUCAUUGCCCUCAUAAAGGUGAUCUUGAGGGAGGAUGCUGUGAUGCGUUUAAGUGACUUGACCAGGCGAAUCAGUGAGCAGACCAGAGGACCCUACAUAAGGUCGCUUUUGACGAAACAAAUCUUGUUCAGGAACCAGUAG